GUUUUAUGACAAGGUAAUAAAGCAUCGAAAGCUGUAUUUAAUGAUUCACCAACAACAAAUUCUCUACGUAUUGAAUCAUCCUAAAUUAUUAAAAUCAUUUACACAAACAUAAUCUAAACAUUUCUCAUCUAAUGAUUCAGAAGAACACUAAUUUAGACAUUCAGCAUUAGACCGACAAUCUAUUGUUGGUUUGAUAAAAAAGAAAACAGGUGAAAACAAUAUCCAACUAAAAAUUAAAUAUUUCUAAUUAACCUGGUUAUUAGCCAUUACAAUCCAAAUAUUAAGAAAGCUCUUUUUUAAUAUAACCCUGCUCCACCAACUUAUGUUAAUGCCUCAUCAUAAGUCAAUUAUUUUGAUUCUGUGA